UUAAAUAUUACAAUGUUUAACAAUAAUAAAACAGUUGAACAUGUUGAAAAUAUCAUUGAGAAUAAUCCUACAGAAAAAGAAUUUGAAAAAAAAAAUUCACGGUUUCGGAGAGAUCUUGGAAAACAAAUGUGCACAUGUACCGAACGAUUACCACCUUCUUUUCUGCUAACUGAAAGUAUGAAAGAAGAUUUAACCAAUAUGCAAAUCUAUUUGAAGGAAAAUGCCAUAAAGAAGAUAUUUGAUAUACAACCAAUGAAAAUUUGUCUGCCGACAAAAAAUGGUAGAUCAUCGAAUGCUGGGUUGUACCAAAAAUUAAAAAAUUACUUAAUUUCUUCAAGGAAAGAUUUCGAAGUUAAUCAACAGAAUCAGAAAGAAUAUGAUUUAAAUUAUAUUACACUUACGCCGAUUGAAAUAAAAAAUAUUUUCGAAAUACUAAAUACGAAGAAUAAUGAUGAUUCAACGAAAUUUUUUGAGAUUCUACAAUGGGACGAUCAGUAUGUAUUAGAGGCAAUUCUAAAUUCAAUGACCGAAUAUUUAAAUGACAAAACAUCAGAGGAAUUUGAAUAUGAAGAUCCUUCAAAUCUGCAAAGUGAGAACAGUGAAAUUUUUUUAGACGAAGAGAAUUAUAUAAACGAAAAUAAGCAAGAUGUUAAUGCAAAAGACAGUGAAAUCGAAUUAGAAAAAAAUGAGCAAUAUAAAAUCACGAAUGAUGAAAUCAAUAAAUUUUUAAAAAAGAACCAAAUAGAAUCUAAACCUGGAAUGUUUUUAUUGCUGCCUUGGAAGAAUGUAAAGAUAAGGCAACAAAGACAAAUAAAAAAUGAGAUCAAUAAAGAUCAAUCUGAAAUAAAACGCGAGGUUACAAGGCAAUCACAACCAUACAAAUCCAUUCUAGCUGAAGAAAACAAACGUAUUAAGAGAUAUUAUUUAAAUGACAAUACUGAUAAAAAAGAAGAAGAAAAUAUGAUAGAGACGAAAAGAGUAAAUUAUUUACAACCUCAAACAAAAAAUCGUGACAAUCUGCUUGAAGAUUUCAUAAAAGCAUAUAAGAAAAACAAUUUAUACAAUAACGAAACUUCUGUAAAAAAUGAAAAAAAAAAUGAAAUUAUACCAUUAAAUAAUAUUUCCAAAAGUGAUAAAAAAAUAUUACAAAAAGAAAGGUUACAAAAUCAUAUGGAAUCCGUGGGAGAAUUUAUAAAUGAUUCCGAGGAGAAUUUCAAUGACACCUUAGCAAAUGAAGACAAUCAUUUUACAAAUAGAACUUUCGGAACUACUGGCAACGUUUUCUAUACUGCGAUUAUGAAUAUAAAAGAUCUUUUUGCAUUUCUUCCAAAAAUUUCUCGAAUAUUUACAUAA